UCAUGUUGGCGGCCGCUUCAUGCAUGACAAAGCUAGACCAACAGGAUGCUUGGCUUCCCAUCACGGAAUCGAGGAACGGUAACGCUUACUACUCAGCAUUUCAUACUCUAUGUUCCGGAAUCGGGUUUCAAGCCCUUGUUCUUCCCCUAGCUUUCACUUCCCUCGGCUGGACUUGGGGAAUUUUAUGUCUUUCGCUGGUUUUCAUAUGGCAGAUGUACACCCUGUUGUUACUAAUAAAGUUGCAUGAAUCGGAAUCAGGGACGCGUUAUAGCAGAUAUCUUCGCCUUUCCACGUUAGCUUUUGGUGAGAAGUGGGGGAAACUGCUCGCAUUGUUUCCGACCAUGUAUCUAUCAGGUGGCACAUGUGUGACCUUAAUCAUGAUAGGAGGAGGGACCAUGAAAAUCUUCUUCCAGAUCAUUUGUGGGGACACAUGCAACAUAAAUCUACCGACGACAACGGAGUGGUACGUGAUUUUCACUUGUUUUGCCACUGCUCUGGCUCAAUUUCCCAAUCUGAAUUCGAUUGCCGGAGUGUCCCUCAUCGGAGCUGUUACUGCCAUAAGCUAUUGUUGGCUGAUAUGGGUAGUCUCUGUCGUCAAAAGUAGACCCCUGGGGGUCUCAUAUGACCCACUAACUGCAAAGUAUUUUGAUGCAAAAAGGCUCUUCCCCAUUUUCAAUGCUUUUGGGAUUAUUGCCUUCACUUUUAGAGGCCACAAUCUCGUCCUCGAAAUACAGGGAACUAUGCCAUCGAACGCAGAGCACCCAUCGCGUGUACCAAUGUGGAGAGGAGUGAAGUUUGCGUAUGCAAUUAUAGCAAUGUGUUUGUUUCCCAUUGCCAUUGGCGGCUAUUGGGCUUAUGGAAAUUUAAUACCUAAUGGAGGGAUGCUCAAUGCUUUGUACAAAUACCACGCGGAUGACACACCAAGAUGGCUCUUGGGAUUGACAAGCUUACUCGUGGUGAUAAAUAGUCUCAGCUCAUUCCAAAUUUAUGCAAUGCCAGUUUUUGACAAUUUGGAGUUGAGGUAUACCAGCAAAGUAAACAAACCCUGUACAUGGUGGCUCCGAUCAGGGUUCCGAGCUGCCUUUGGUUGUCUUGCGUUUUUCAUAGCAGUGGCGCUACCAUUCUUGCCAAGCUUGGCGGGAUUGAUCGGAGGGAUAUCGCUGCCAAUCACCUUAGCAUAUCCCUGUUUCAUGUGGAUACUGAUCAAGAAACCUCAGAAAUGUACUGGAAUUUGGUACCUCAAUUGGGUAUUGGGAGUAUUGGGAAUGAUUAUUAGCAUUCUUGUUGUCACUGGAGCAAUUUGGAAUAUAGUGACCAUAGGAAUAGAGAUCCACUUUUUCAAGCCCAAAUGAGUAGUAAAAACAAAA